UGUGCAGAAAAAUUGUUUAAAAAAAAACCUACAUUCCCAAAUAUGCUUGCAAAUAUCCAAUAUAGAUUUAAUUACAUGAAGAAACAAAAUAAAAUAUCUAUUAUAGGUGAUGACAAAAUGUAGCUUUAAUGAAAAGUUUUGUUAAGGACACAAUUAACAGAAUGUAAAGAAAAGACGAUACUUUAAACCUCUGCAUUUCCCCCCAAGCAGAGUGCGCUAAAAAGAAUAAACAGUAGAUCCGCCGUGUUCAAGGAAAUUACCUCCCAGAACCGCUGGCACACAUCCAGCACAGACACACACUCGUGUGUUUUCGGAGACAGUCAGAACGACAGAGCGAGCAGACGAGUAUAGCACCAAAGAGUAAGGAGGAGAAGAACUAGAAGAUUAGUGCUGCAGUAGGUGAUGCGAAAAGGGAAAAAAAUGGACAUAAAUCCUUUAAUACAAGGCGGAGAAGUGAGAUAAUCCUCUGGGUCUCGUCCAAGGGAAAGAAUCCGAAGAGUCGGUUUGGUUUCUCGUUUUGUGAGAGCACUUAUAAAAACGUGUGAAGAGACAAACUAAAGGAGUAAAGGAUCACGGCUUGGGAGGUUCUAGAUGAGUGAAGGCAACACAGGGAAGUAAAAAAAAAAAAAAAAGGCAUGUGGGAUAAGACUAAAGAACAAAGAGCACUAACAGAUUGGAGCUGAAGUGGGACAAUGCUGGCCGAGCCCCAGGAAAAAGACACAGCACGUCGUUCUUCGUCCAGGCGAGUGAAAGCAGCAUGUUUUCUCCCAAUGGAGAGAAGCUGCACUGGGCCUCGCUGCUCUUCCUCGUGGCCAUCCUGCCCACUAUUGGCGGAAACAUUCUGGUCAUCCUGGCUGUGUCACUUGAGCGCAAACUCCAAAAUGCCACUAAUUACUUCCUCAUGUCUCUAGCUGUGGCCGACCUGCUAGUGGGGCUGCUGGUGAUGCCCAUCGCUCUCGUUACCGUGCUGUACAAUUCAGCAUGGCCACUUCCUGAGUUCCUGUGUCCAAUCUGGCUAUUCCUUGACGUUUUAUUCUCCACAGCUUCCAUCAUGCACCUUUGCGCCAUCUCCCUCGACCGCUACAUCGCCAUCAAAAAGCCCAUCCAGCACAGUCAGUACAACUCCCGAGCCAAAGCCAUGGCCAAAAUUGCACUCGUCUGGUUGAUAUCGAUAGGUAUUGCCAUACCCAUACCCAUCAAAGGACUGAGAAGCCCAAAUCAUGGAAUCAACAUAACUUUCAACAGCAACCAUACCUGCCUGUUGACCUUCGAGGGCUUCGGCGAGUUUAAACUAUACGGCUCUCUGGCGGCCUUCUUCAUCCCCCUCAUGAUCAUGAUGAUUAUAUACCUGCUGACGAUCCAAGUAUUGCGCAAGAAAGUGUAUCUCCUUAGAUCGAGGGCGUGUCAGCAAGUCAACAGACCCAUGGUGUGUACGGUCUUCCAAAGGGAGCAAACGGUAGAAUCAACACCGGAGAAAAUCAGCAUGCUGGAUGUUAUUAAAAAGGACCAAAUGCUGCAGAGAACAAACCCCAUCACAGGGGGUGAGCUUACCAUUAGGCGACUGUCCACCAUGGGAAAGAGAUCCAUGCAAAAUCUGAGUAAUGAACAGCGAGCCUCAAAAGUCCUGGGGAUAGUCUUCAUGUUGUUUGUGGUCAUGUGGUGUCCAUUUUUUAUCACCAAUGUGACAUCGGUGCUCUGCGAAAGUUGCAAUGUCAAAUUGGUGGAGAGACUUUUGGACAUUUUUGUGUGGGUUGGUUACGUUUCUUCAGGCGUCAACCCUUUAGUCUACACACUUUUCAACAAGACUUUCCGGGGAGCCUUUACGCGUUACAUCACAUGCAACUUUGGCACUAAGAGAGCAUUGAGAAUGCAGCGCAGGAACCUGACCAAAAUCUCAUUCCAGUCUUCUGUUGCGGAAAAUUCCAAAUUGUUUAUGAAGCAUGGGAUGAUGAAUGGUAUUGCUGCCACAGGGUACCAGAGUCCUUUGCGAAGACGACCCACAAACCUCCAACCCGCCAGUGGUGUAAUGCUGGAUACUCUUCUUCUCACGGAAAAUGAGGCUCGCAAAUCUGAUGAAGGAGUCAGCUGUUUAUAGCAAGCUUUGAUACCUUUUUUUUUUUUUUAAACAAAGAAAAGAAAGCCCAACUUCUACAGCUUAAAAUGCUCAAUCAGAGAAUUGUCCAGUAUUCAUAGUUCACUUUUUGCAAAUGGAAAAAGAAAUCUUUGAUUAAGUCUGUAAUUUUCAGCACUUUUAAAAGAUGAUAUCUGAUACUGGAAUAAUAUGAAAGGAGGCAGGAUUGUGGAGAAAAAGGAAUGUAUAGAAUACCAGCUAGCUGUAGCAUGCAUGAAAUACACAUUAACUAACUGUGUGAAUGUAAUGGCUUUAUGAGGACAUACAAAUGUUUUUCUGGUUAUCUUGCUGAGGUUAAAGGUCUGAAAUACUGGAAUAAAUUAAGCAUGAUGGAGAUUUCUCUCCAUGUGCAAGAUACUUAACCAGUAGAAUCA